UUCAAGUCGGAUUCGGGUCUUGGAUUCAGUCGGGUCAAUCGUCUUCUAGGGUUUUGUUGGUCUGCGGGGUUUUACCAGCACAUGACCAACUUCCUAGCUCCAUCUUCAAAAAAACUCAUCAAUGUAGACAAAAAGUGUCUGCCUGAAUCUCUCUCUUAUUCUCUUUAUGCUGUAUUUUAGGUUUCUUGGUAUUAUAUACUGGAAAUGUUAUGGAAAUGGUUCUCCAUUGGAAGAAUAGCUUCACAUCGAAUGCUCAAAAUGGAAUCUUUGGCCUCAUUUCGAAGUCUAUGCUCACAAAUUCAAUGUUUUGCUGAUACCCCACAAGGUUCUUUUUCCUCUAGACAUUACCAGAAGUUUCCUGAAAAUCCCAGAAUCAUAUUAACCCCUAGAAUUGUACAUACUACUUUAUCAAAUUGCCGUUCUGACAUUCUUGCUUUUUCGUUUUUCUUGUGGUGUGCAAGGCAACCUAAUUACUUUCAUGAUAGGGGCAUAUUGACCCUUAUAGUUAAUAUUGUGUCUCGGUUGACGCAGAGGUUUAGAACAGUGAAAGGGAUUAUUAAGGGAUUAGAGGAGGUUGGUUGUGUAAUAAAGCCACAAACUUUGUUGUUUUUAUUGAGAAUUUACUGGUUUGGUGGAAUGUAUGAUAGAGUUUUCGAGGCAUUUGAGGAAAUACUUAGAUAUGGUUAUACACCAAAUACUUUUUCUAGGAAUAUUGUAAUGGAUGUAUUGUUCAAGAUUGAGCGUGUCGAAGUGGCACUUAGAGUUUUGAAAGAAACGGAGGUUCCAAAUUUUUUGUCGUAUAGCAUUGCUGUGUGUAACUUGUGUAAGCUCAAUGAUUUGGUUAAUCUUCAGGAUGUACUUACAAUAAUGCUGAGGAAAAGGUAUUAUCCUAAUGAGGAGACAUUUUUUGUGAUUUUGAAUUGUUAUUGUAAAGGAGGUUGCAUAGCAGAGGCAAAACAGAUAUUGGGUGUGAUGAUAGUUUUGGGUGCUCCUAUAUGUGAGAGAAUCUGGAGUAUAUUAAUUGAUGUUCACUGUAAAGCUGGGAACAUGGAUGCUGCGAGUCAUUUACUUAAGAAGAUGGUAGAGAGUGGGUAUUCACCAAACGUUGUAACUUGCACAUCAUUGAUCAAGGGAUUUUUUGAUUCCCAGAUGCCAAGCAAGGCAUUUGGGAUCUUGGAUACCAUGGAAUCAAAAGGAUGCUCCCCUGAUUUGGUUCUUUGUAAUGUGUUAAUAGACUGCCUCUCUAAAAUGGGGAGGUAUGAAGAUGCAAUUAAUGCUUUCUUCCUUUUGCGGGAGCAAAGACUAAUGCCCGAUUCUUAUACUCUUUGUUCUUUGAUUACAACCGUUUGUCUCUCUAAGCAAUUCGUUGAACUACCUCUGCUCAUAACUGGAUUCAAGAUCCAACCUGAUUUAGUUGCUUGUAACUCUUUCCUUAGCUAUUUCUGCAAAGCUGGUUAUCCUGCUGGUGCCAUUGAAUUUUACAAUGACAUGAUAGAUAGAGGUUUCGUAGCAGAUAAGUAUACCUUUGCUGGAUUAUUGACUGGAUUAUGCAGGUCAGGUAGGAUAGGAGAGGCAGUCAAGGUGUACCGUGGACUUGUUAGAAGUCACGUUGGGCUUGAUUCUCACAUAAUUACUGUGAUAAUAAAUGGGCUAAUAAAAUCUGGUAAAUUUCACAAAGCUAUUAGCUUAAUCAGGAAAGCUGCUUCAGGGAAGCCCCAACUCGAUACUGUUUCUUACACUAUUGCCAUUAGUGGACUUCUUACUGGUGGUGAAGUUGGAGAAGCUUAUGCCUUGUUCCGCCAAAUGAAGGAGGUUGGUCUAGCCCCAAGUAGACAGACCUAUAAUCUGAUUCUCUCGGGUUUCUGUAAAAGAAGUGAUGUUAGCAUGGUUGAAGAGAUCUUACUUGAAAUGGUUAAUGCUAGUGUUGAAGUUGACCAUUUAAGUCUGAGGUUUAUGAAAAAUCUCCUGUAUAGAUCCCGCCAUUCUGCUUCACUCUUUACUCUAUUGACUGACGUUUCAACUUCCGGAAUCCUUCCAAGGGAAGCAUAUGCAGAAUUGAUCGAUGAGCUAGUUCAUCAGGUAAACAUCAGCAAUGUGCACACAGACAGGUCUACUAGCGUUGAUUUUGGCGCAUCCAGCUCAGAUGAAAUCCAAGAGGUGGCUGUUUCAGUUGGUUGAGAUGAUUUGACUUGACAGCUUAUUCUGUCUAUGGCAAAGUUCUGUAGUUGAGUUCAUCAAGAAUCUGACCUUACUCUCGCUCGGAAACCCUAAGAUGAUCAUAUGAUCUUAAGAGUGAAUUGAUUCCC